GGCGCACUCGCCGGUCGCAGUGAAAAGGCGGAGGCGGCGGCCGCUCGGGCUCGGCUCCGGUUCCCAGUGCCUCCCCCGCCGCACCCCCUCCCCACAUCCCGCACCCGCCAAACUUGAUGUGACCCCAGCCUGACGCGGCGGCUGCCCCUCUCACCGCCCCGUGCGCCCCCCACCGCCACUCCGCCCCGCACUCCCGGAGCGCACCGCUCACCGCGCCCCUUCCCACCUCCUCGCCGGGGCCGGGCGCCGCGCUCGCCCUCAGCGUUCCCUUCCCCUCGCCACCCCCACCCCACCCCCCGCACCAUGAGCAACCUGAAGCCGGACGGCGAGCACAGCACCAGCACGGGCACCGGCACGGGCUCGGGCUCCGGCGGCACUCUGGAGGAAGAGGUCCGAACACUAUUCGUCAGUGGCCUCCCUGUGGACAUUAAACCCAGAGAACUCUACCUGCUCUUCAGGCCGUUCAAGGGGUAUGAAGGGUCCCUGAUCAAACUCACAUCGAGACAGCCUGUUGGUUUUGUGAUCUUUGACAGCCGAGCAGGAGCAGAAGCAGCCAAGAAUGCAUUGAAUGGUAUUCGCUUUGAUCCUGAGAACCCGCAGACCCUGAGGCUAGAGUUUGCCAAAGCCAACACCAAGAUGGCCAAGAACAAGCUAAUGGCUACACCAAAUCCUACCAACACUCACCCCGCCCUAGGAGCACACUUCAUUGCACGGGACCCCUAUGACCUUAUGGGGGCUGCUCUGAUCCCCGCAUCCCCAGAGGCCUGGGCCCCCUACCCUCUGUACACCACAGAGCUGACCCCAGCCAUCUCACACGCUGCAUUCACCUACCCAGCUGCCACUGCUGCUGCCGCUGCCGCCCUACAUGCUCAGGUGCGCUGGUACCCUUCCUCUGAUACCACCCAGCAAGGAUGGAAAUAUCGUCAGUUCUGUUAGUUCUUCAGUAAGUGUUGGCCCAGAGGCCCAGGAUAAGUGUUCUAGAGCCUGGCUUACUGCAGGGCCGUGGUUCCUCCUUCUGCCUGAGCCGGAGAGCUCACUGGUGCUAGGCGUCCACCUGGGCUUGCGUGCUAGGGCACUCUGGCUGGUUUUUCCCCUUCUCCUCCCACCGACACCCCCUGCCAUCCAUCUUGCAGCCUCCUCACAAGGGCAAAGCCUGGGUUCAUCUCUAGUCCCUCACCUCUGCUCACGGCCACCUCUCUCCCCUCCCUCCAGGUCUUGUCACCGCAGCUUGAAGCCCCUACCCCGCUGGGGAGGAAGCCGCUCUGAGCUUCCACUGCCCCCAGGCGGCCUGUGGAGAGCUGCUGCUUCCCUCCAAAGACUGUGAAUUUUAAGCCUGACUCAGUGGACUGCUUCCUGUUUCCUUUCUCCUCUUCCUCAGCCCUGUCCUUCCCCAGAGCCCCUCGCCAAGGCCUCCCGGGAGGAUUCAGGGGCCUUCUUGCAGGGACACCCAGCCCCAGGCCGGAGAUCUCACUGGGACUGAGCAAGGCCUGACCCCCUGGGUCCAGACUUGCUUCCACAGCUCCACCUCAGAGAAACGAGGCAUUUAAUUUUGCAUGUUUUCUGGCAUGAAUUAAGACACUUAAAUUUGUGUAUAUGUGAGUGUACAGUUUGUUCUCACAUUGUGUCACCAUAGCAACAGGUCCUGGCCACCAAUGGUCCAUCAUUCCGGGUCCCUCUGUGCACACCCUCCCCUGCAGCCCCUGUCUCAGUGAGGACCAGCCCUGCAGCUCGCCCCGCCCUGCGGUCCUGCAGCCUGGCGCCCCCACCACCCCCACGCGCUUCCAGGCCGAACAGCAGCCACCACCCGACAGAGAUAGUGUUUUCUUUUUCAUUUCAAGUCCGGGUCCUCUGCGUCCUCCUCAGAGGGGCCAACAACUGCUAAGAAAAUCCUUUCUCUGCCCAUUUUGCUUACCUCUCCACAGCGCACCCCACCCCUGCCCUGCUCCUCAUUCUUUCCGUACUUCAAAACCAACCAAAAAGUGAAAGUAUUUUUGUACCCUGUGUAACAAAAUAUUUAUGCAUCAUAAAGGAUUUUUCGUGUGUGUGUGCAAUUAAUUAUUAAAGAGACCUUGUUCGCCUUGUCAGAUAAGUUUAAUGUUUAGUUUGAGGCAUGAAGAAAAAAAGGGUUUCCGUUCUCCAGCAAUGAGCCUUUGUUUCAGGCGUUAGUUUCAGAAAAAUGAAGGAAAAAAAAUUGUGCAAUUUUUUUGUUUCAUGAGCACAUCAGUGCUUUUGCCUUUGGCCGCAGCUGUGUGGCUGUCUUGCCGUUUUCAGACUUGGGAGACGAGGUGGCUGUUGUAAUUGCUGAUCCUGUGAGAAUGUGAAGCUGGAUAAUAUAUGAAAUGCAAAAUAAAAAGUCAUCCAAAGUAA